GGAAGUGCAUGACCCGAGAGUGAGACAACUGCACAUUGUGCGAGAAAAUUCAUCUGUGCAUCUUGCUCUUUGGAAGUUGCGUAACCUCAAUUUUUUGGUUAUCUUCGAGGCAAAAAUACAAAUCACAGCAAUGGCCGGAGGUGGAGACAGUGCAGAAGCUGCAAAACUUUCGGGUUUGUCGAAAAUUUUCAACUCCACCACUACGACGGGGAGGGCAAAUGUGGCAAAGGCAACGUAUGCUUCAAUUGGUCUCCUUAUUCUUUACCUGUCCUUGAAACCCAAAAAGAAGUAAUGUCAAGAAGUAAAAAAUUCCCGGAAUGGAGGCAAAAUGGAUAAAUAAAUUUGAAAAUAAUUAGUGAAGAAAGUA